AUCAGCUGCUUUUUGUCGUUUUUUUGUGCAUUAAAGUGAACAGGAAACUGUGUGUGUGUGUGUGUGUGUGUGUGUGUGUGUGUGUGUACAGGCAUGUGUGUGUGUGUGUGUGUGUGUGAGGAAUACCCAGCUGGUCCCACAAGCCUUAUAAUACGGAGCUCAACAUGCUUGAGCUGCAAUGAAAGCUGAGACGCGGGACGGACUGCAGGCUGCUCCUCAAAUCAUUUUGGAACCUCCGGGAACCAGAAUCCAGUCCAGACCUCUUUGGACCAAAUUUUGGGAAUUUUUAUACUUUUUGAUAUUUUUGGAUCAGCGUUUUUUUUUUUUUUUUGGGGGUACUACUUACUUGUCUUGGUGUCCAAGGUGAUGGUUCCCAAGUCCUCUUCAGGUGCGGCAAGAGUCCACUUUUUGGUUCUUGCGGGAUUCUUGUAGUCUUUCUCGCCGCCGUCGCUGAUUCGGAUCCGGGAAUGGCUUUACUGGUUCUGAUCUCCGUUUGGACCUGCGCCGCGCAUCUAGGAUUCUGCGCUAUGCUGAAAACGGAGGUGGAUUUUACCGAGGGGAGGAUGCAGCUUGACUUAGGGGACCGAGGGGACCGAGGGGACCAAGGGAACCGGGACCGGCUGGACCGGGACACGGUGACGGAGCACAUGCAUAUGCUCUACGCCAAGUACAACACGGCUGGCUUCGCCUUCAAGGACGGGAACACGGUCCGCAGCUUCAAGGCGCACUGGGGUGUCAUCAACGGGAAGCAGCUGCAGAUCUUCAACCUGACGUCGCUGACCAAGUCGGAGGACGUGCUGUCGGCCACGUUACACUACUACAUCGGGGACCUCCAGAACAGCAGCCAGACCCGCCCCAGGUGCCCGGCCUGCACCCGUCACGGCCCCCGCCGGCACAGCCACGUGCACGCGGUCAUCUGGAGCUUUGCCCCCGAGGGGGACCGAAUGAGGACUCUGGGCCAGUUCCGUAUCAACGCGUCCACGCGCUACGGGGACUUCAUCUCCUGGCAGUGGAAGGACGUGACCCGCGUGGUCAACCAGGCCAAGCGGCACCACCAGAUCCUCAUCGGCAUCGAGGUGGCCUCGAGGGGGUCCCGACCCUGGAAGGAGCUCCUGGCGGACCGCUCGCCCUACAUCCUGGUCUACGCCAACGACUCGGCUAUCUCUGAGCCGGAGAGUGUGGUCGCCGCUCUCAGGAGGCAGCCCCCAUCGGCCGACGAGGUUUUGGACCAAGCGGGCCCCCGGGGGCGGAACGGCACCAAUCAGCAACUGCAGCAACAAAAACAGCAACAACGGUCCAGACACAAGCGUUCCGUAAAUGUUCUGCUCCCCCUGCAGAACAACGAGCUGCCGGGACCCGAGUACCCGUACGAGACGGCCGGCUGGGACGAGACCGAGCCGUACCAGCCUUUGGAAAGCAAGCAGGCUCGGCGGCCCCGCAAAAAGACCCGCAAGAACCACAAGAUGCCCCUGCUGCAGUUUGACGAGCAGACCAUCAAGAAGGCCCGCAAGAAGCAGUGGAACCAGCCCAGGAACUGCGCUCGCCGCUACCUCAAGGUGGACUUUGCCGACAUCGGCUGGAGCGAGUGGAUUAUAUCGCCCAAGUCUUUUGACGCCUUCUACUGCUCGGGGUCCUGCCAGUUCCCCAUGGCCAAGGCCUUGAAGCCGUCGAACCACGCCACCAUCCAGAGCAUCGUGCGGGCGGUGGGCGUGGUCCCGGGCAUCCCGGAGCCGUGCUGCGUUCCGGAGAAGAUGUCGUCGCUCAGCAUCCUCUUCUUCGACGAGGACAAGAACGUGGUCCUCAAGGUCUACCCCAACAUGACCGUGGACUCGUGCGCGUGCAGAUAGUUGUCUUUGUACACCCCCGUCACCCCACCCACACAUUCCGCACCCUCCUGCUUUCUGUCGUCAUGGAAACUCUGGCAGGAAGGAGCGGGUCCGAUCUGGGGGCGGGGCCGCGGUGGAAAGUCACAACUCCGCCGGUUGUGAGGAACCAGGAGGAACGCUGAAGGAAAGAUUUUAGGAUUAGAACGGUCACCUUGCUUCAGUUUGAACUGACACCCCCAGGGGGCGUGGUACUCCUCCUCAGCGGCGACGCCUCUUCCUCUUCUUUGUUUGGGUCCCGACCAUCAAUCAUGGAUUCCAAAUUAAACAUCACAGAAACAAAAAUGCGUUGAAAUGCCAAAACACAAAAUGUCGUAACACAUAACAUUGUAACACCAAGCGUUACACAGCGUAACACUGUCGUGUUGUAACAACAAACGGAAAAACACAAAAUGUCGUAAUAUGAAAUAUCGGUAACCCGAAAUGUAACAUGAAAUGCCAUUACGCAGAAAUCAAAACUUUGUAACCCGAAAUGUAACAGGAAAUGCCAUAACGUGGAACUCGAAACUUUGUAACCUGAAACGUAACAUGAAAUGCCAUAAUCCGGAAUUCGAAACUUCAGAACCCGAAACUUAACAUGAAAUGCCAUAACGUGGAACUCAAAACUUCGGAACUGAAACGUAACAUGAAAUGUCAUAACGUGAAACUCAAAACUUUGUAACCCAAAACGUAACAUGAAAUGUCAUAACGUGGAACUCAAAACGUCGGAACUGAAACGUAACAUGAAAUGCCAUAACGUGAAAUUCGAAACCUUGUAACCCAAAACGUAACAUGAAAUGCCAUAACGUGAAACUCAAAACUUUGUAACCCGCAACGUAACAUGAAAUGCCAUAACGUGAAACUCAAAACUUUGUAACCCAAAAUGUAACAUGAAAUGCCAUAACGUGGAACUCGAAACUUUAUAACCCGAAACGUAACAUGAAAUGCCAUAACGUGAAAUUUGAAACUUUGUAACCCGAAACAUAACAUGAAAUGUCAUAACGUGAAACUCAAAACUUUGUAACCCGAAAUGUAACAUGAAAUGCCAUAACGUGGAACUUGAAACUUUGUAACCCGAAACGUAACAUGAAAUAUCAUAACGUGAAAUUCUAAACUUUGCAACCUGAAAUGUAGCAUGAAAUGCCAUAACGUGGAACUCAAAACUUCGGAACUGAAACGUAACAUGAAAUGCCAUAACAUGAAAUUCGAAACCUUGUAACCCAAAACGUAACAUGAAAUGCCAUAAAGUGGAACUCAAAACUUCGGAACUGAAACGUAACAUGAAAUGCCGUAACGUGGAACCCGAAAACACAAACAUUGGAACUAAAAGGUCGGAACAGGAAACUGAACAUGAAAUGUUGUCGGAUCGAGUGAUGGAAUACGAAACGCAAACUGUGUCGUUGAAAACACAAAAAAAUUAUAUUUUUCCCGAAUUCCCUCAAAUGCGUCCCGGGUCAUUUUUUAUUGAUUGUUACGCUAAAAAUGAAGAAUUGCCUUUUUUGGCUAAUGGCUUAUUCUAAAAAUAUAAUGAAAUUGCAAAAAAAGGAAAAAAAAUAGCAGAAAACUGAAAACAGGAAGAGGCAAAAGUUGAAAUGUUGAUAUAAUAAUUAUAAUUUUUUUAUAAUUUUUUAUAAUUUUUUUUUGCGUAUCUACGCUGGAUUUUUUUUCUGUCUUUUUUUGUGGAAAUAGUUCGGCCACACCCGAUUCAGAGUGUACGCAUCUCAAAAUUUUAUUUUAAUUUAUUUUAAUUUUAUUAUGUUAUUUUAUAUAUUAGUUUUUUUAUGAUUUGUCUCUCCUGUUAAAAAUUCAUCAAAAUUAAAUUUGGCUUUUCCGUGAUUUUUUUUUUACUUUCAUUGUUGAUGUAUGAUGUACAUUUUUUUUUUAUUGGAUGAGGUCACCAUAGCAACCAGACACACACACACACACACACACAUUUCCUCAGGUUGUGUUAUUUUUUAUUCGAUUUUUUUUAGAGCUAAGAACCAAAACUAUUUAUACAGACCAAACACAAGCUUUUUUUGUACAUUAUUUUUGUUUAUAGCGUCACCUUAACUUUUAUUGCCGACUGACUCUGGAUCAGUUAGUAAAAAAGAAUAAUGAGUGUUUAUUCUUUUAAAAAGUAUAUUUCAAAUAAGAGACAUUUAUUUUGUGUCAAAUGUUGUUUUUUUUUGUAACUUUGCUAUAUUUUUUGUACGUGUUUUUAGCGCUGCAUGUCCUAGAAAGGUUGUUUUUUUUUAAAUUUGUGUAAAUGUUCGCUUGCUUGUACAAUAAGCGUCAUAAAGUAUAUUUGUAUAUGGAAACAUGCUCCUAUUUAUUUUGUCUAUCUUGUAGAAGGGGUGUGGUCGGGAAGGGAAGGAGGGGGCGUGGCUUUAAAAAACAAUGGACAUGUAACCUUGCCCCCCCCCCCCCCACUUUCCGCCAUGGCCGCCUUCCACUCACAGCAUUCAAAGACACAAAUAAAA